AUGGCCGCGAACUCCUCAGUGCAGGCACGUUCGACUAGCCGUGACAUGCAUGCUCCCUUUCUACCCUAUUCGCGUCUGGUGAAUUCGAAAAGAUCGCCUUGUCUCAAAGUCUGCGAUGGCAUGAUUGAAUGCUCCAGUGCUAACACGAAGAACUACUUGCUACAGCCGCACAAUGAGCCUCUCAGUCUCAAUGGCGUCUUUAUUGACGACAGCAAGCCUCGAAAGCCGGAGAAAGAGGAAGACAUCAAGGUGUGCUUUGACGACAUCAAAAUGAUUCAGCAAAGGCUUGCUCGAAGGGGCGUCAAAUCACUGAAAGAUUCGGAUAUAUUUUAUGCCUUAUCUUCUUCCUACGCCAAAGGUGAUAAAGACAAGGCUUACGAGCUACUCAUGUUGUUUGAAGAUUCCGAAGAAGGCAUUAUACAUCCAUACCAGCUCGAAGUGAAGCUGCUCGGAGCAGUCAAUCGAAACGGCGUGACUUGUUGGCUGGACGCUCUACUAUUCGCAAUGUUUGCACGACUUGAGAACUUUGAAGCCGUGUUAUACAAGACCUUCAAGGAGGACAAGCCUCGGCAGAAGCUGGCUAUCCUGCUGAGACUAUGGAUAAAUUCACUGAGAGCUGGGAAGCUCAUUACAGUAGAAAUUACAAAACAAAUACAAAUCCAACUAGCAGCCUGCGGCUGGGACGAUGCAGCAGAACUUCGUCAGCAUGAUGCUUCCGAAGCGUUCACCUUCAUCACCGAAACGCUUGAGCUUCCCCUACUGUCCCUCCAAAUGGAUCUCUUUCACGUUGGUAAAGAAGACAAAGAGGAUGAUCACAAGAUCGUAAAGGAGCGGCUUCUAGAACUUGCAAUUCCGGAGCAGCCUCCAGAUGGCCAAGAAAUAAAGCUUGAGGACUGCUUGGAGAUGUAUUUCAACAACAGGAUCGAAGUGAGACGCUAUCUGGAAGAAAUUGGGCGAAGAAACACUCUGAGCUCUGUUCGCUCAAGGGAUUCGAUUGACUCAACUAAAGGUCACGCUUCACUUAUCGAAGUCGAGGAGGUAGGCACCUCACAGCCUGCGUCACCCAUGCCACAGUCAGCACCAAUAUUGUCACCUGUCCGACCCUCUAUUAAAAGGCAGAGGGCACCUAGCAUAAUACAAGAACACUACAUUGAUGAGAAGCGAGGCCUAUUAAACAGCGAGAAUGAGGCAAGGUCUCCAAGGCUCCGAAGAGAAGUCAUGAUGCCUGCGUGGCAGUUCUUUCGACUUAUCCCUUGGUAUACCGAAUGUCCGCCAGCAACGGACGCCCAGGUAGCAGCACAUUUCUCAACAGAUCGGCCGAUUCUAGGUAUCUGCCUGAAGAGAUAUGGCAUGUAUCCGAAUGGAGUCUCGUUCAAGAAAAGAACGCAUGUCGAUAUACCGCUCGAGAUAGGACUACCACACUUUAUCACUGCUGACGAUGCUUGCAAUGGCCCAGCCUUCGGAAACUUCAAGCUUUCACUGCAGUCUGCUGUAUGCCAUCAAGGUAUCUCCACAGAGUCGGGUCACUACAUUGCCCUCGUACGAACUCCGGAUCCAUUCUUUCGGGGCCAAGAUCAGUGGAUGCGAUUUGAUGAUCUCGCUAAAAAACGUGUAUUGGACGUCCGGAUCGAAGAUUGGCUUAAAGGUGAAGCUACGCCCUACCUUUUAUUCUACCAAGUAAUGCCCAUCGAGGAGCCCCCGUCACCAACUAGCGGCGAGGUCAAUCAAGAUAUAGCUCCUCCAUCAUAUGCAGAGUCAAAUGCAAGCAAGGUUUCGAAACCCAACACCAGCGACAACUCUACAGCUUUCAGUACGAGUGAAGAAAGUGCCGCGCAACGGUCAAGUUUAGACACUUCAAUAUCCGACGCCGAGAGAGGACGCUCAGGUCUUGCAAGCCAAGGCGAAAAAGUCGAUUUUGCGCCGGAUCCCAGCUUCGAAAGUGGAGACCAUGGAGCUUCCCCUCCGCAAGUGAACACUGAUCCGAACGCACUAAGCGAUGCUCUAGCAAACUUGAGAACUUCACGCCGAGGGUCCAGGAAUACCAAAACCAGCAGCAAGAGUCGACCAAGUAGCCAAUCUGGAGAAAACAGACUUAGCAACUCAUUCCAUCGCCUGACGAAUCGAAUGAGCAGGGACAAACUCAGCAAUAUGCCUGCUCAAGGGGAAAGGACACGACCAUCUACUUUCACGCCAGGGACGACGUCAAUAUCAGGCCCAAUCUCGACCCCAGACAAGGCAGGGGACAAAACAAAAUUGAAGAAGGAGGCCAAAGAGAGAGCUAAAGGCGUCGCAAAAGAAAAUCAUCUAAUCACGAAGAGCAAGAAACCUGAUCGCGAAUGCGCUCUCAUGUGA